ACCGUUUGUUUUUGAUAAAAGUCAUUUUCCACCGAUAACAAUAAUAAACUCAUCAGAGUGAAAUGAAAAACACAAACAUUGGUUAACGUUAGCUCGUAGUGUUGCUCUUUUUCUGGUUUAGGGAACGUUUUAUCACACAAUUCUUAUUAUUUAGUCCACUGGUAGAUUUGGAUAAAGUAGGAGUAGAUCUCUACUUUUCCUAAUCGUAAAUCCAUGUUAAUAAAGUUAAUGUUUAACCCAGGCCUCAUAGUGUCACAUUCAGUGACCUGUGUAAAUGUCACUUGUGUCACGUAGCGGACCUGUUAAAAACACGAAGGGGCAAUAACGAUGGAGAACGGUGAAGAAGAAAAGGCGGGAAAUUUGGACCUGCCCCCACAGACACAACCUCUGUGCCGCUUCUUCUCCCAGGGACGUCACUGCAAUUUUGGGAAGAAAUGCAGAUUUCUGCAUGUCAGAGUUGAUGCCCCAGCUCAUGAGAAGAAGCACUCUGACACCCAAGUGCAUGCAGGGAGCCAUGGAGGAAAUGUGGGUCAGAUGCCUCCCCUCACUGACAACUCCAAGACUGGUCCAGGAGCUAACCGCCGUGUGUGCCGAUACUUCAUAUCAGGCUUCUGUGCGAUGGAGGACAGAUGUCGCUUCUGGCAUCCACCACAGUACCCUUCAUUGGAGGAUCCACUUGCUCCUCAGAGGCCUGCCCAGAGGAUGCAACCAGUACCCCAUCCCGGCAUGGCCCGGGAGGUCAAACUCUGUGACCUCACGGAGGAUGUUGCCAAAAAACUACGAGACACAGAGAUCCAGCAGCUGAAGAAGCGUUUCCCAAAGGACCAGCUGAUUAUUCAGGAACGAAGUGAUGGAAAACUUACUUAUUACAGAGCUACUGUAGAAGCCACUGAUCCAGACUGGCCUUUUGAUCUGAAAGAGGUUGACAUCAUGGUGAGCUUCCCAGACAGUUAUCCUCAAGAGAUUUUUACUUUGGAUAUACCCCUGGACCAGGAUCUGCCACCAGUAAUGGCAAGACAUGUGCAGCAAGCAUCAGUGGAGUGGCUUCAGGCUAAACACGCAACCAACCAACUUAUGGGAAAAGUUGAGCUGCUCUUCCGACCUUUUCUGCGAUGGCUAGAUCGGAGUUUGGAGAGACUGUUUGUAGAAGGAGCCAGGCAGUUGAAGAAAGACAAAGAUUUAGAAAAAGCUGGACUGCAGUUCAUAUCGUACCAGGAGCUCCAGGCAGCAGUAUCUGAAAAAUCUGGGAAUGAGCCCCCAUCUGAGCCUGCUUCUGACACUGCAGGUACAGAUGCAGAAACACGUGAAGAAGGAAAGGCAGAAAAGACACAGGAUGGGAAGACAGUCAUGGAGGGGAAGGAGAGCCAAAGCUGUGGUGAAGGACAGCAGCAGGAGCUGGAGGAAGCCAGUCAUCUGGUGGAAAACAUCAAGUUAAGUGACCCACGCAGAGGCACGGAGGUGAAGCUGCUGGGACUGAGACUCGGAGAGAACACAGCCACCAUAGCAGCCCAACAGAUCACCGUUUGCCUUCAGUGUAACCGGUGUAAGGUAACUGCAGACCUGACGCUGACUGGGAGGACGCCCUGCUCAGCUCAGUGUGAGAAGUGCAGUGCAAGCAUCAAUGCUGCAUUCAGGCCCUGCUUGUUGCACCAUUACAGUGAUGUCCUAGGAUACCUGGACCUCCACAACGCUACACCAGCUGACCUUGUACUACAGGACUGUGAUCUUAUUGUGGGCUGCCUCAACUGCUCCCAGGAGUUCCCUGUGCAGAAUAUCUCCUAUGGUCAAACAAAGGACUUCAAUUGUGAAGAAUGUCACAGCAAGCUCAGCAUCCUGGCAGAGAGUGCAAGAUUUCAGUAUAUUCCACCACGCGCCAACAAAACAGGCCCCAGUGAUAAAGCUGUUAAUUAUAAGACAAUAAGAGAUCCUGCUGUGCAAAAAGGGAAGCCACUGCCAGAAAAGGGAACGUGCAAGCAUUACAAACAGAGCCAUCGCUGGCUUCGGUUUCCCUGCUGUGGACGGGCUUACCCCUGUGAUGUGUGUCAUGAUGAAGAUCAGGACCAUCCAAUGGAACUCGCCAGCAGGAUGAUCUGUGGUUACUGCGCCAAAGAACAGCCUUACUCCAAUGGAAAGCCUUGCACCAGCUGUGGAAGCAUGAUGACAAGAGGGGCACGAACCAGCCACUGGGAGGGAGGACUAGGAUGCAGAAAUAAAGUCAAAAUGAGCAGAAAUGAUAAACAAAAAUAUGCCAACACUAACAAGACGGUUUCACGGAAGGCGGCAAGUGACAAGAAGUAAUGAUUGAAGAAAGAGAUGAAUUCAACUGAUUAAUUCCUGACAGAAAAU